UGAGACUUUUACUUUUGCAUUAGUUUGAAAGACUUUACAAUAUUGUUGUUGUGGGAGUUAUUAUGGGGAGACAACCUUGUUGUGACAAACUUGGUGUGAAGAAAGGUCCUUGGACUGCUGAGGAAGAUAAGAAACUCAUCAAUUUCAUUCUUACAAAUGGACAAUGUUGCUGGCGCGCCGUGCCUAAACUCGCUGGUCUUAGGCGUUGUGGGAAGAGUUGUCGCCUUCGAUGGACUAAUUAUCUUCGUCCUGAUUUAAAGAGAGGUCUCCUCACCGAAGUAGAGGAGCAGCUUGUUAUUGAUCUCCAUGCUCGCCUCGGCAACAGGUGGUCGAAGAUUGCUUCGAGAUUACCGGGAAGAACAGAUAAUGAGAUAAAAAAUCAUUGGAACACUCAUAUCAAGAAAAAGCUAAUUAAGAUGGGAAUUGAUCCCAUUACUCACGAGCCUCUGAAUAAACAAGCAUCAUCCAAUGAAACUUCAUCCCCUGCAGAGAAUUUGUCACAGCCAGACAACAACCAUGAAGUGAAGGAAACCGACGCAGUUGUGAAUUCGGAAGAGAAUUCAAGGUCACCCGCUACAGAAAAUUCUUCUGGAGAAGAAUCUCUUUUGCUAGAUAGUCUCUGCAGUGAUGAUUCUCUAAUGAAUAGCUUAUGGUUAGAUGAAACACCAUUGGUGGAGGCACUUUGGGAAAUGGACACUACACCUAUAGCAGAGACAGAGACAGAGACAGAGAAUACAAAAAAUGAGAUGAAUUUUGUGCCUUCUUGGGAGGAUAAUUGUGCUUGGUUAUUGGAUUGUCAAGACUUUGGUAUUCAUGAUUUUGGAUUUAAUUAUUUCAAUGAGAUAGAAUCAAAGGAAAAUCAACAUUAGCAUAUUCAUGAAUAAGUAAGUAUAUUUGGUAUGUGACAAAAAAAAAAUACCAUGAGCUCAAAUUGUGUUGAGUUUUAUUUAGUUAGUAUUUCAAUGAGUUGUUUUCUUGGUGAGCAAAAUCUAAAAAAAUUGAUAGCAAACCAAAAAUCUUGGAAAUGCUACAUACUAGUAAAUAUUUAAUUUCUUUUAAUUGGUGUAAUUUUAUGUGUAUUCUAGUGACCAAAAGAAACGUGAACAAGUGUCAAAGUAAUAUUAGAGGAGUCUAAGUCUAACACCUAUAUAUUGUACAAAGAUGAUGAUUACUUUGAAAAUAAUGGUAAAACCUUAUGUGAUUAUUUAUUC